GUUUAGUUCAGGUGAAUUGUUGUCGGAAGAAGUGAAAAAAAAAGGAUGGGGAAGCAGCCUGUGAAGUUGAAGGCGGUGGUAUACGCGCUAUCGCCGUUUCAGCAGAAGAUAAUGACAGGACUUUGGAAGGAUCUCCCUGAGAAGAUCCACCACAAGGUCUCUGAGAAUUGGAUCAGCGCCACUCUCCUCGUCACCCCGGUCCUCGGAACCUACUGGUAUGCUCAGCAAUUCCAGGAACAGGAGAAACUAGAGCACAGGUUCUGAAACAUCAAGCCAGUCCUCUACUAGUGCAAUUAUUUAACUUUAGUCUGAAGCCAUUUCCUGUAAUAGAAUCUUCCGAGUCAGUUGCUGUCAUAAAUGUUUUGGUUCAUGACAAUCACUGUUGAUCUACAUCUUUCUUAAUAUGAUAUAGACAACGUUUGGCUUCA